GGGUGUAUAUAUAGAGUGAAGAAGUCUGGGUCUACUUCCCGAAGAAAAAUAGUUUCGAAUUGGCUGAAAUUGAAUCGGGAUAAAAAUGCACACGAUUAAGCUCUUCCUGUUUAUCCUUCCUCUAGUUAUCUCCUCGAGAAUUGACCACGACAGUCCGUCAUUUGAUUCUGUACCUCCAGAGCCCAAAUCAAGAUUUGCUAUGUUAGAUGAUGUAAAAAUCUUAGCCAAUGGCCUCCUCCAGUUGGGACACGGUCUGAAAGACUUUGUCCAUAAGACGAAGGGCCAAAUUAACGACAUAUUUCAAAAGCUCAACAUAUUUGAUCAGUCUUUUUAUGAUCUAUCAUUGCAAACCAAUGAAAUCAAAGAAGAAGAGAAGGAACUGAGAAAAACAACACACAAACUGCAAGUCAAGAAUGAGGAAGUGAAGAACAUGUCCCUGGAACUGAACUCGAAACUGGAAAGCCUCCUGGAAGAAAAGGUCCUGCUUCAACACAAAGUGAGGUCUUUGGAGGAGCAAUUAACUCAUUUAAUUCAAAAUCAACCUGAAACCCAAGAGCACCCAGCAGUAACUUCACUUAAAACGUUUGUAGAACAGCAAGAUAACAGCAUCAAAGAUCUUCUCCAGAUCGUGGAAGAACAGUAUAAAACAUUAAACCAGCAGCACAGCCAAAUAAAAGAAAUAGAAAAUCAGCUCAAAAGGACUGGUAUCCAAGAAUCCACUGAAAAUUCUCUUUCUUCCAAGCCAAGAGCACCCAGAACUACUCCCUUUCUUCAGCUGAAUGAAAUGAAAAAUGUAGAACUUGAUGGCGUUGCUCCUGAUUGUACCACCAUUUAUAAGAGAGGUGAUCACAGAAGUGGCGUGUAUGCCAUCAGACCCAGCAACUCCCAAGUGUUUAACGUCUACUGUGACGUGAAAUCAGGUACUUCGUGGACAUUAAUUCAACGACGGACAGAUGGAUCACGAAAUUUCAAUGAAACUUGGGAGAACUACAAACACGGCUUUGGGAGGCUUGAUGGAGAAUUCUGGUUGGGCCUAGAGAAGAUAUACCGCAUAGCAAAGCAGUCGGAUCACAUUUUACGAAUUGAGCUGGAAGACUGGAAAGACAACACACAUUAUAUUCAAUAUUCUUUCCGCCUGGGAGAUGAGGAAACCAACUAUACACUACACCUGGCCAGGACGACUGGCACCAUCGCCAGCGCACUCCCGGAACACAGAGACUUGGUGUUUUCUACCUGGGACCACAGAGCAAAGGGGCACGUCAACUGUCCAGAGAGUUCUCCAGGGGGCUGGUGGUGGCAUGACGUAUGUGGAGAAAACAACCUAAACAGCAAAUAUAACAAACCAAGAGCAAAAUCUAAGCCAGAGAGGAGAAGAGGACUUUGCUGGAAGUCUCGAGAUGGAAAGUUAUACUCCAUCAAAUCAACAAAAAUGUUGAUCCGUCCAAUAGGUUCGGAAAGUUCUGAAUGAGCUGGGGCAGAUUAAAAUCCCAAAUUAAACAUUAAUCUUAUCCCUACUUAACGUGGUUUAAUAACAUGGUAUUAAACCCUUAAUGGAAGCCUUGA